AUGGGCAACCAGGACGGUGCUGCCAACACUACUGAUAAGGACGUGGACAUGGACAAGGAUGUGGGCACCAGCGACCAGGACAACACCUCUGACGAGGAGUCGAGUGUUGACCCGGUGGAUGCCCCAGUGGCCAUACUGAUGCAGAUGGAUCAGGAGGAGGGUUGGGAGGUUGUUCAGGUGCCCAAAGGUGAUUCUGCAAGCAAUGAUAAGGCCUUGCCCAAGAAAAGGGCCACAAGGGCUCGUGACGGCGCAAAGACAGAUGUAAUGGACAACAUAGCGGCCGUUGAGCCUGCCAUGAAGAGGCUUAGGCUUACGAAGGCUCGCCGUGACGCAGAGGAGAAGGCCACGGAGAAUAUUAUUACCUAA